AUGAAGGCUGAAGGAAUUUGCGCAGCACCGCGCACCGAGGAGCUGCAGCUGGACCAACUGCAGCAGCAGCAGCAGCAGCAGCGGCAGCAGCAGCAGCAGCAGCACAACGCGGCACGUUGGGUGUGUCUGGUUUGGUGUGGCUGGCUGGCAGGAAGAAAGAAGGAAAAGUAUUCUGCAAAAAGUGACGAAUAUGAAGUGGAGGACAUCGUGGGCUACAAGAAGGAGAAGGGACUUGAUUAUUUCAGAGUGCGGUGGAAAGGCUUCGACGAGUCGGACGACACCUGGGAGGUGGAGUCCAACUUGGCGCAUGCCCCCAUGUUUCAUUCCAAGAUGCAGGAGUUGAGGAAGGAAGCUGAGCAGAAGGCCCUGGAGCGCGAAGCAGAAGCAGCAGCAGCAGCAGCAGCAGCGCAUGCAAAGAAGAGGAAGCGGCAGGGGCCGGUGGAGUCGGACCCCAGCAGGCCCUGCGAUGAAGCGCCUGCGGAAAGCGACGAAUGUGAAUUUCGAAUUUACGCCACGGGGACGAAAGUGCCGAAGAAUCAUCUUCCGGACGAACUGGCCCUGGGCAGCCGCCUGAGCAUUUUGCGCUUCAAGCGCUCGCCGCAGAGCAGCGCGGACCCGCAGCAGCAGCAGCAGGAGCUGGAGGAGGGGCACGACAUAACAGUAACUUACACAAUUGACGGCACUGACACCUACACCAUCCCCUUCAGUGCAGCAAGAAGAUACUGCUGCCAGCGGCUGCUGUCUUAUUUGAUUCGCCGCACAACCUUCAGGACCCCCCGGGGGGGCCAAGACGCAGCAGCAGCAGCAGCAGCAGCAGCAGACGCAGCGGGAGCUGAGGGCGGCAGCAGCAGCAGCAGCGGGCACCCCGUCACCACUUGUGCUGCUGAUGAUGGAUCCGUCGAGGAGUGCGCAGCAGACAGAGCAGACCACCUGGUGGAGAAGAGCGAGGUGUAUGUACAGACAGACGAAGUAAAGAGCAGCAAACCAGCAGCAGCAGCAGCAGCAGCAGCAGGGGCGCUGAGGGAAGACCCGCAGUAUGCAAGUAUCAGCAACGGCAACAGCAGCAGCAGCAACGGCAGCAGGACGAACAGCACGAGCAAUGACGGCGGCAUCAGGAACAAGAACGUUAAGAAGGACGACGCAGCAGCAGCAGCAGCUGCUGCUGCUGCUGUUGCUGCUGCAGGGGAAGCAGCAGCAGCAGCACGCAGCUGCACGUCGCCGUCUCCCGCCCCCGCCGUCGUAGAUGUGGCCUGA